AUGGGUGUAGAACCUGGCAAAAGCAAGAACAAGACUGCUGAGAACGUGGUCAAGGACAUGAAAUCUGUUUUAGACAAAACGUGCAAGGCGCUAUUCAAAACUGCAGAGCAGAUAAAAGACAGGGCAGAGCGUAGACGCUCUAAGGCCCCUGACUACAAGAUUAAGGAAGUCAAACCCAACAUACUUGAGCUAGAACUCCCAAACAAAAUGAGGGUAGUACCCACGGUCAACAUUAGCCGGGUAAAACCCUACAAAGGACCGCUGCCGGGACAACACGUAGACCGGCCCGGACUGGUUGUAGUCACCCAGAAAGGUGAAGGAGAAUUUGAAGUCAAACACGAGUGGUGGAUGCACGCUUGA